AUGAGCCGACACAAUACCAGAACCAGUCUCGGUCAUGAGGAGCAGUGGGACGAUCUCGAUCCCGCGGACAAUGCAGACAUGUCGGUCAACGACAGACUGUUCUGCCGUUAUAUCAUGGGGCAACUUGACCAGAAGAAGAACAAUCACUUCACCGAGCCGUUCCGCGCAACCGUCGGCACUGCCGAGUACCAGAGCAUUACGCCACGCGUCGAUCUCAAGACCAUCAAUGAGAAUCUCCAGCCUGAGAUUGACUUCUACCAAAGCCUGAACCAUUUCGUCGGGCACCUCCAGCUUAUCGUCAACAACUGCAAGACACUCUACAGCGGCUCCAACCCCAAGCCACGAGCCUACGACAAGGUCAAUGACCUUCAAAACCACUUGGUCAAUCUCUUCGGACAGAAGAAGACUCAGUACGCGCGCGGGGACAGAGAAGCUGGUGUCGCUUCCUCUACCCCUGCUGGCUCUUCUGUUCCCACUGCUGCUCCUGUAGCCCCUGCCCCUGCUACUGCUUCACCUCGUCCUUCCAACACUCGAGACCUUGUCGAUCGAUACGUUACUCCUGCACUGUCUCGAGCAACCGACGGCCACAUUGUGAAGAGCAGAGAGACCCCUGGCCACAGAAGCAACACUGGAGCUCACGUGAAUCCCUUCGUCGCAGACGUCGAGCAAGCAAUUCUUGAUGACGGUGCAGACGAGCCUGUCAAGACAGAUGCAGAAGCACUUCGUCAGGCACGUAAUGGAAAGAAGAGAGCAACUAGCAACGAUGCCGUUGGAGGAAGCUCCAAGAGAGCUCGCCAGGAGGCUCCCAAGAAGAACAGUGGAUUACGCAUCCAGAUCGCCAACGCCAUCGAUGAUGCGAUGGGGCGUGUCCUUGAGGGCAGUCUUGACAUGGAGCUUGACGAAGACGCACAGGGCUAUGCCAACCACUUGUCUCAGAUGAACCCUUGCGCCAUGCAGAAGGCCAAGCAAGCAGUUUCGAAUGAAAUUAAAGAAGAUUGCAUGGACGCCAUCGAGGUGACUGUGGUCGAACUCAUCCAACAGAGUCUUGAGAAGGCGUUGAUCAAGAAGAGUCACUCUAUGCCCAGGGCGUCGCUGUCUAGCAUGAUGGAGACCUCAGACGACGACGAGGAUAUUGCCAAGGCAGGAUCCAGGGCCAGAGUCAAGAAGGAGUGA